AAUCAGAUUGCACGUUAUUGUAGCGUGGCUGCUGGAUGCGCAUCGUGAAGUCAACAUGUCUUCAGAUGAUAAUAAUGGCCAGAGCCAAGCACCUUCUUUUGCUGGGGUCCCACCCUCAGGGAUACCACCACCUUUUAUGGGACCACCAGGAAUGCCGCCUCAUUAUCCACCAAUGGGAAUGCCACCCAUGGGACAGAGGCCUCCCAACAUGACUCCCAUGCCACCUGGUAUGAUGCCACCUGGCAUGAUGCCACCAAUGGGAGGGCCACCCAUGGGACAGAUGCCAGGCAUGAUGCCACCUAUGAUGCCCGGGAUGAUGAUGCCACCUCGCAUGCCAGCUGCGACGAUGCAGCCAACAGGACCGCCUGGAGUGGACACAACUGGUAAGGCUGAAACAACAUAUUCUUGAAAAAAAUACAAAUAAAUUGAUAAUCUGAGUGAUUUUAAUGAAUUUUAAUUAUUGCGUUGUUUUUUUAUCGU